UCCUUUUCUCAUGUGGGUUCACUUUGCUAUUCUGUGGUAUAUCUGAUGCCCAAAAUCCCUCCUUUUUAUCACUGGCAUUCUUCCAUGAACUAACCUUCUCCAUCCUUGGAUGAACCGGGAAGACACCUGUGAUUUCUGCUUUUCUGUAGAUUUUGGAUUAUUUCUUUCUUGUGUUUCAGUGAGGAAAACAGGGAAGAAGAAAAUGCUGAGAAAGAGGAGCAGAACUGUGCAGGAGGAAAGCAAGAUACAGUUCUUGGGAGAUUUUAGCUCAAAUUCUUGCUUCUCCUAUGAUGCUUCAAUAAAGCAGAAGGCAAAGAGUUCUUCCUUCUUCAGUAUCCCUGGUCUGCUUGUGAGUUUCACAGGCAAAAGCUUAGCUGAAUCUGAUCCAAUGAAGAGCCCUACUUCUCCUUUGGAUUACAAGCUCUUCUCCAACAUAGCAAACUCUUUGAUUCGUUCUCCUAAGUCACCUGGAAGAAGCUGGGAUUGCAGUAGAGUUGGCCUCGGCUUGGUGGAUUCUCUGAGGGAUGAGAACAAGAACAUUCUCCUGGGAUCACAGAUGAGGUUAAUCAAAACCUCAAACUCUAAAAAUCAUUUUGAUUCCUUCGGGGAUGAACAAACAGAAGACAAAGAUAUCACCUUUUCUCAAUUUAGUACAUCAAAAUCGGAACUUGAGGAGAUUGGAAAGAUCAAUUCUUACUCAUCUGAUCCUGAGCAUAUAACCCUAAAACCUAAUUUUGAUGUUUCAUCCGUUGAAUUAAUUCAUGGCUUUAUGGAUUCCCUUUCUACGAGUGAGGAUUACACUUGCAUCAUAUCCCAUGGCCCGAAUCCAAAGACCACUCAUAUUUUUGGAGAUUGCAUCCUGGAGAGCUCCCUGAUCGAGUCUCAGAAUUCUAAAGAAAGGGAAGGAGGAUCUCAUUGGAUUAUCAAAAGCUCUGAGAAUUCGCCUCCUUUGCCCUCCACUGAUUUUCUGAGCUUCUGCUGCUUCUGCAAUAAGACAUUAGAGGAUAACAGAGACAUUUACAUGUACAGAGGUGAGAAAGCAUUCUGUAGCUGCAGCUGCCGUGAUCAAGCAAUAUUGAUCGAUGAGGAACCAAAACUGGAGAAGAAAUCAUCUGAUUCUAGUGAUUCUCAAAGCUCUCCAUCCUUCCCUGAAAAACUUUUCAUGGAAGGAAUGGAAUUUUCCAGCUGAACAAAGAUCAGAGACUAGCCUGGCCAUCAAUACCAUUUAUUGAUCUGUGAAUUGAAAUAGCAAACAGCUUGAUCGCUUGUCAAAGAGGAGUUGUCUUAUGUGAAUUCCUUGCAACCAUGGACCAUCGAUCAUGAUCAGAUUUCUUGGUGAUGGCUGGGUACUGUAUUUCAUUUUCAGUUUUUUUUAUUGCCUAUUAAGAGGGUCUUCUUCUAUGGUUAAAACUUACAUUUUUCUCCUAUAGUUUUGAUCAAGAGAGGGUGUUAGCCACAGGAUUGGCAACCCAUUUUUCCAUGUUUCUCAUUGUGGACUUUGAUAAGUUUUUUAUUUAUAAUGAGAAGUUUAAAUAAUCUCUUUAAUA